AUAUUUUGUUUUAUUUCCAGGGUAAACAGUGUACCUUACAACCACUAAGAUUGAUUACAACUCAGCAACGAUGGGUGAGGCGGGAGAGGCGCCGACCCCAGCUGUGGUGAAAGAGGGAUGGCUCAACAAACGAGGUGAGCACAUCAAGAAUUGGCGGCAGCGGUACUUCUUUCUCCUAGAGGAUGGGACACUCCUGGGCUUCAAGACCAAGCCAGAACAUGGACUGGCAGACCCCCUUAAUAAUUUCACUGUAAAGCGCUGCCAGAUUCUGAAAACAGAGAAGCCACGUCCCAACACUUUUAUUAUACGAGGUCUACAUUGGACUACUGUCAUAGAGCGAACUUUUAAUGCACAAUCUGCUAGUGACAGAGAAGCAUGGAUGGAAGCAAUAAAGCAAGUGGCGGAGCGAAUAGCAGAGGUGGAUGCGACGUCUGGUCAGAAUGUCCAGAUCCAGCCAGCAGAUUGCGUUGACAUUAAACUCAAUUAUUCACAGGAGGAUGAUGAUGGGCUUGGGGCGAGAAGCUCAAAGAAGAAAAGAAAAAUUACACUGGAUAAUUUUGAAUUCUUAAAGGUACUUGGUAAAGGCACUUUUGGAAAAGUAAUCUUGUGUCGAGAGAAGAGUAGUAAUCACUUUUAUGCUAUCAAGAUCCUUCGUAAGGAUGUAAUUAUUAAGCGCGAUGAAGUUGCUCACACACUGACAGAAAACCGAGUAUUGCAAAGGGUUGACCACCCUUUCUUAACGUACCUCAAGUACUCAUUCCAAACAAAUGACCGCCUGUGCUUUGUAAUGGAAUAUGUGAAUGGUGGAGAGCUCUUCUUCCACCUCAACCAGGAACGCAUUUUCCCAGAGGAACGUGCCAAAUUCUAUGGGGCUGAGAUCUGCUUAGCUCUGGGAUACCUCCAUGAGAGAAACAUUAUAUAUCGUGAUUUAAAGCUAGAGAACUUACUCUUGGAUGCUGAUGGUCACAUUAAGAUUGCUGAUUUUGGUUUAUGCAAAGAAGAUAUAUCAUAUGGUUCUACGACACGAACUUUCUGUGGUACACCAGAGUAUCUGGCUCCUGAGGUACUUGAAGAAAAUGACUAUGGACGAGGUGUUGACUGGUGGGGCUAUGGAGUGUGUCUCUAUGAGAUGAUGGUAGGACGUCUUCCCUUUUAUGACAAAGAUCAUGACAAACUCUUCCAACUCAUCGUUUGUGAAGAUGUAAGAUUCCCACGUACAAUAUCACAAGAAGCACGAGACCUCCUCAGGGGCCUGCUGCACAAGGACCCAAACACACGUCUUGGAGGUGGACCUAGAGAUGUGAAAGAGGUUCAGAAUCACCCCUUCUACAUCACCAUCAACUGGAAAUUACUGGAGGAGAAGAAAAUCACACCUCCUUUCAAACCACAAGUAACAAGUGAGACAGAUACACGGUACUUCGACCGAGAGUUUACAGGAGAGUCGGUGCAGCUCACUCCCCCAGACCAGGGAGAACAUCUCAACAGCAUUGAUGAAGAGUCAGAAUACUUUACAUUCAACCAGUUUUCAUACCAGGAUAUCUCAUCAACCCUUGGCAGCUCACUAGCAUCAAGCCUCAAUUCCCUAGAUGUUACAGAAGAAGGAUUGCUUGUCAACACUUACACAGUGCACAUGGACAGUGCUGUAUACAUAUAUAUAUUAGUAAGGGAGGAAGAAUGGUGUGUAAGAAUCUGUGAAACCCUUUCAGAUAUUUUGUAUUUACCCAUUUUUAGAUGAAACUGGAAGAAUAAAUACUUUGACAAGACCUGCAAGGCUUAGCAAAGUAAUUUAUCAUCACAUACACUACACUAAUACAUGUAGAAGGACUGAGAAAUACUAUGUGUUAGAAAUUAAGUGAACCCAAAAAAUGCAUUUUUUCUAUUUGCUUCUGGUGAAUAUUUACUGUAGGAUUUACUAAUGUUGUCACUUUGAAAAGUAAUUUAUAUCUACAGAACAUGACACAAACCCAUUUUUAUCUUUCUUUUUGGAUUAUUUCAACUCUAUGAAAAGAAUUGUAGCAAAAUGAAACAUCCUGACUCUUGGUUUGUUAAUGCUCAUUUGCCUAGCAUUGGUUACCACAUCCUUCACUGCAUACAGACCUCCCAAACAGUGCAUAAAUGGAAUGAAUCUAAAAUAAUUGUUUUUCAAUCCAGCAAGAGGUAUUAUGCACCUGGAUCCUUUCAAGAACAGCCCUGGAAUUCAUUCUUAAUUUAAAUGCUGUUUUGUAAGGCUGGGACUUGCAGUCUUCCAUUGCUGGAGUUGAUGUCAGUGUUUAUGCUGUCAUGAGUAAAAAUGUUAAUACUGUGUACCAACUGGUUGAAUAAGACUUAUUAAAGGUAACAGAUGUGUAUCAAACACUUCACCUUCAAUUUGAUGCUGUAUUGCAUAAUUGUGCAAAAUAUUAUCAUAUCUUUAAUUUUGAACUGUUAAAAGUGAAUGUCCUUACAACAUAUAGACUGAGUACACAAUUAAAUCUAUAGUCAUUGAUGAUCUGUUAACAUAUAGCAGUGAAAAUGGCAGGUGUGUAUGGAAGAAUUUUUAUGCCCAGGAAAUAUUUACAUUAUGAUAACACUAAUGCCAACAGGAAUCAUGUUUCCAUGCCCUGUCCACUAUUAUUUAAUCAACCUUAUCUAACUUAUUCAUCCUGUACCCUGAGUUUUCAGAAAGAAAAGUUUCUAUAUUUAUCAUGAUUAUAAUAAAAAAGUGUUUAUGACUAUGAUAUUAGAAAAAAUGAAUUUUUAGUGAUUUAAGGGACUGUGAAGCCACCUUUGCAAAAUAAAAUAGACAAAACAGAACUAUAGUUAACAGUGCAUGUAUCUAGUGCCAAUAUGUUAAAAUCUAGGGUUCACUUAUUUUCUCACCUGAAAAUAUUUAAUGAUUGAACACAUGUUGGACUAUGUAACUUUUAUGUAUGUACUUACUCAUGCAGUUUUAAUUUGUUUUCAGAGAUUGUGAUAUUUUGCUUAGCUUUUGGCCUAAAAAAGGGAUAAAUACAGUAUCCAUUAGGGUUCAGUAAACUUUACACCUCUACACUGUGUUCUCAAAAGAUGCAUGCUGAUAGUAUGUGGACAAAAUGAGCUUACUAUUAUAUCAUGAUUAAUGCCAGGGAAAAAAAGUUUAUUUGGUAUUUAGAAAGAGAAAUUUGAAAAGAAAUGGUUUAAAACAUUUUAUAAUGUAUGUAUAUGUAUUUUGUACAGUGUGUAUCAUAAUAUUACUUAUGCUGGAAUAAGGUAUUGCUGUAAACUGAUCCAUUUGU